AUGGCUCAACAAAUCAAUCCACCUGUUCCAUCUACCCCUCCCAAUUCCUCAAACAACCCGGUCGAUCAUCCCCAAUCUGUUUGCCGAGAAUCAACUUGUCUUCGUACUCCUAGCUUACGGCCAGGGUUCAUCUCCACCCAAGGCGAUUCUCACCGUGCUCUAGUCCCCAGCAGUCCCGCUAUUUCCACCAAUUGGUCCCAGGUCCAAGCUCAAAAAAAGAAGAAGAAUUUUGUAAAUAUUGUUGAAGAUGAUGAAGAAUCCGAUUCCAAUACAAAUUUCCCACCAAACAGCCGAUUGAAAAGCCCAACAAACCUGUUGGCAGGAACCAAGCAAGUUGCCAGCCAUACUGGGAUUGAAGUCAUCAUCAAUCAUGCUCAAGAUUUGGAUUUAGAAAAUGAAAAGCACACCAAUACCCGUAAAAGGAAUGAUCCAACUAAAGAUAAAGACAGUUUUGAUCAUGCUUGGCUCUUCUUUUAUUUGCCAGGUAGUGGUCCAAAGCAGCAAUCUUUGCCAUGGUUAAGAGUUGAAGACUUCCUUCUUUGGGUUUCAUUCGAUUAUUCUCUCCACAAUGCCGAACUAUACUCUUGGGUAUGGGCUGCCUUGCAUGCGCAUCAGCUAUACCUUGAACAGAGAGGACAGGUCCUACAUUCGAUUGAGAGCUCAAAGUCAAAAAUCUCACUGGUAUCCAAUGUAUGGACAACCAAGGGAAGUCAUAAAGACUUUGUUGGUAUGGCGUGCUGUUACAUCACUCCUGAUUGGAAAUAUGUAUGCCAACACCUAGCAAUGAAAUACAUUUCCUGGCAUCACAAUGGCAAUUACCUCGCUGUCCCAUUUGCCAAUGUACAACAGACUCCGGGAGUAACAAUUUCACCAUGGCCAAAGGUGUUUCCUCAAUUUUCCGUGCGGUUGACUAAACACAUUGGGAUGUUCAGCGGACUCACCAUUGAUGUUACAAUUGUUGAGGUCAUGGAUGAAGAUUUAGAAGAAGAAGAUGUAGUUGUGAUGGCCGAUGAUAUAUCAGAAACAGAGGAGAUUGAUUCCGAUGAUGCUCAACCUGGAACUCAAGAACCUGGCUGGUAG